UCUCCCUUGGCUACAUGUUCAAAUCGACGGUGAGCAUACAGAGAUCUGAUGAUGAUACAGGAAUUUGGGUAUUUUGGUAUUUUACAUAUCUUUGUAUUAAGAAGAAGAUAAGUAAUAAAAAGUUUUACAAUGCGGGUCUUUCGGGCACACGCACAUUGUUGAUUACAUAGAGCCGUAUCGCACAAACGAUGCAACAACUAGAACUAAAACUGAAACUGACGUAGGUUCAGAGACUAAGAGGAUGGUAAGCCCCCUGCUCCUACAACUGCAGCCGGCCAUCCCAAAGAGACCAUGUGCUUAGCGCCGGCAUCCAUCAAUAGUUGAGCCUGAUCGAGGAUCUUAUACGUCAGAUGACCCGCAGUUUUUGCUGACAAUCUGCUAAAUACUCUGUCAUUCCUUUGUUUCCAGAGUAUCCAGGAGAUCAACAUGAAUGAGGAAUCCAAUCCUUUCUUCUUACAUUCGGUCAUUCCCAACCUCAUUUGCAGCCACCAAUCCGUUGCUGUCAGUCCAGGACUUGGAACUGGGCGGUGCAGAUCCAAUAUCCUACUGAUUGCGUGCCAAACCUCCUGAGUAUAGCAACAUGUAGUGAAUAAGUGGUCAGCUGUCUCUAUUUCCUGAUCACAAAGAGCACAUUCAGUAUUGUCCUGCAGCCCACGCCUGUGCCUUCUUUCUGCAGUCCACAACCUGUCUCUAACUGUCAGCCACAUGAAGAACUUUACUUUUAGCGGCGGCCAAGUCCUCCAAAUAGCGUCAGCUGCAGGGAAGAGUGUGGCUCCCUGGAAUAAGAACUGGGCGACGCCAAUGCAUCACCGGUAGACGCCGCGCUGGUGAGGAGCGCCGCGCUGGCGAGGAGGAGGGAGGAACUGCUGUUGGAGCUCAACAAGGCGCGCAUCCGCCAGGACAUGAUCUUCCGCGAGCUCGUCGAGACGGAGCUCGCCAUGGGCAUCACCGCCACCAGCCACAAUCCUGUGCCAGCGCUUCCAUCGCCACAGGACUACUGGCUUAAUCGGCCUUUGUCGUCGUCGGUGCCUCCUUUGGAGGAGUCACCUCUCUGUCCACCACGCUCAAGAACCGAGCAUUCCCCUUGCGGCUGCAGGGGCCCUGCGCAGCCAGUGAAAGCGCCUCCGGUGUACCCGCACGUGGAGUGGCCAUCGUCACCAUCACUGUUGCUGCAGGAACGGCCAGCCAGUGACACUGAAAAGCAGCAAGAUAGCAGGUCAUCUGGGGCUAGGACGCAUCCAUUUGGUGGCUAUGUGGAAGUGUGCCGAUCGCCAAACAAGUGGACUCUAGCAGACGAGGCCUCUUUGCCCGUGUCGGCCAAUGCUGGUGCCCGACCUAUUUUCCAUGAGGAGUUGACACCAGGACACAAAGAUGCUGCUGGUGGAGAAUGUAAGGUUGAUGUGGAGGAUGGCCAUGGCGUGCAACCGCUGUACCAAAGUGGAAACCAGAGCAGUGGGCAGAGCAAGACUUCGGAAACCACUCUGGAACAGAUCAAUGGACCGAUGCUGUUGUCUCAUCAGUACUGGUUGGCAGGUCAAGAGAGUGCAGCAUUUGAUCAGCAGAAAGGCCGCGAGUUCAGUGAGCAAAAACCUGAGCAGCCACGUCUGGGUAAUGGGGAUGAACAGAAGGCGAGAGUGCAUGCGUUUAAUGGCUAUAUGGAAUUGUGCCUAUCACCGAGCAAGCAGGCUCCGGUGGAAGAGAUAUCGGUUCCAGUGGCAGCCAAAGCUGAUAUCAGCCCGAUGCAGUCUGCAUUGUCAUUUGGCGAGGCAGCGGCAACAGGACCCCAACAGGCCUUUGGUGGGGAACCUAAGGCUAAUUUGGUGGACGCCCAUGGCAUGCAGGGUGACAUCAGGAACCAGAGCAGUGGGCAGAGGAAGGCUAUGGAGUCUGCCAUGGAGGGCCGGACUGAUAAACCUGCCCAACCACCUGAUCAGCACAGGCCAGCAGGUCAGGAGGGCUAUGGCGAAGAAUGUAAGGCUGAUGCUGAGGAUGGCCAGGGAGUGCACUCGUUGUACCAAAGUGGAAACCAGAGCAGUGGGAAGAGGAAGACUUUGGAAACCACUCUGGCAGAUCAGAUCAAUGGACCAAUGCUGCUGUCUGAUCGGCUGGCAGGUCAAGAGAGUGCAUCAUUUGAUCAGCAGAAAGGCCGAGAGUUCAGUGAGCUGAAACCUGAGCAGCCACGGCUGGGCAAUGAGGAUGAACAGAAGGCGAGAUUGCAUGCGUCUAAUGGCUAUAUGGAAUUGUGCCUAUCACCAAGCAAGCAGGCUCCGGUGGAAGAGACAUUGGUUCCAGUGGCGGCCAAAGCCAAUAACAGCCCGAUGCAGUCUGCAUUAUCAUUUGGCGGCGGCAACAGGACACCAACGGGCCUUUGGCAGGGAACCUAAGGCUAAUGUGGUGGAUGGCCAUGGCAUGCAGGGUGACAUCAGGAAUGACAGAAGCAGGCAGAGGAAGGCUAUGGAGUCUGCCUUGGAGGGGCGGACUGAUAAACCUGCCCGACCACCUGGUCAGCACAGGCCAGCAGGUCAGGAAAAUGCAGCGUACAAUGAGCAGAAGAAGGUAGAGUUCAGUGAGUCUACACCAGAAAGAACAUCCAAUGGGCUGAAGAGGAAACUGGCCGAUUCAGCGCCACUCAUCAAGAAGCAGAAGCCAUAUUGGCAAUUUAGCUGCCCCACCUGCAGUGUGAACACGGUUAGCCAGCACCACCUGGAGGAGCACCUGGCCGGCCGGCGUCACCAGCAGAACGUCGCGGCACUCCAAUCAUCAAGGAGCCACACCGCUGAGCCCAGCACAAAAGCAAAGCUGCCAGUAUGGGACAGGAUCACGGCGAAGAACACCAAGUCCUCAUGCGGAGACGGCAAGGAGAAGGUGCCUGAGAACAGCGGGUCGCAGCAGCAGGGAGGGAAGCCGCACGCCAAGGCUGUGCGUGCGGGGCUCAAGGGUUUCAAUCACCGCAAGGAUGCCGACGCGGAGAAGAAGGUGGACCGAAAGGACAAGUUCUACUGCAAGCUCUGUGACGUGCAGUGCAACAGCGAGAAGAUGCUGUUGUCGCACCUAUGCGGGAAGAAGCACCGUGAGAGGUUGCUGGAGGGAAGAGGCUGAGAUGCGCGGCGACGCCGCUGCAGCUUGCUGCUCUUGUUCACGGGGAAGCUGUGUGGCAAGACGCAGUCUUGGUAUCUCUGGCUUGCAGCUGCAGUAUUUGUUAGUAUAUAUAUUAGGUCACGCUGCUGGCGAUGCCUAACGCAGGUUGGGAGUUAACUUUCAACCGGCAGGGGUCCUAAAGCAGCUCUGUUGUUAAUUCCCCACGUUUGUAACUUUGCAAUGGUGAUAUGCUUGUUAACAACUUCAAAUAUGCUAUCAUCUGAAAAACAGAACUUCAAAUAA